ACACACACACGCACACACACACACUGCAGCUGACUGUCACACACUCACUUAUCGAAGCGAGGCGAUUUUCUUUUUUUAAACUAAUCUGCUUAUGCAAAUUAGAUCUUUUUUUAAUGUAUUUAUUUAUUUAAAGCGUGUUGUUAUUUUUGAAGCCCAGAUGACCGCGCGAGCCGGCGGACGGGCUCGGUGUCACACACAUCUGGAUCAGACCGGAACCAUCGACACCAGCACAGGCAUGACGGCGAGUGGUGACGCUGCAUGUAAAUGAUGAAUACACUCCAGGACUGCCUCUCUUGAUCUCCACUUAAACCCAGAUGCCUCCUCUUCCUCUCGACGAGCGCAUAGUGGUCAUCCAGCGGCCUAAAAACUUAUCCUUGUGUGAGGCUUCCCCUCAAGCCAUCCCACAUCACUCCUCUCAGAUAUCCGCAUCGUCAAAUGAACAAGUCACCCGUGUUCCUCGGCCUCACCCUUCCCAGCCUCAUUUCUACUCACCCACCUGUAAAUCUUUGACUCUGGAAUGCAAACGCAGAUCCUCCCGUGCGCAGAAAAUAACGGGCGACCAUCCGGUUGUCCCGGUGGGUUACCAACAAGUCCCAAGCCACUGCCACAGCAACGGAACCGUAACUCUCGGUCCACGACUGCCGUCGCACACACACACGAUUGAUAUCAGACUGAAAGUGGACAAAGGCGGAAGAGCAGGAAUCAGUAACUCGCUUGGUCGUAGUGAAAGUGUCAAGGGUGCACGGGUAAAAUGCCCCCCUUCACAUUUGGAUCCAUUUGAGAGAAGAAGUGGAGGUGAACACAAGUCACAGAGAAGUCGACAAAGUCAGCCAUCAUCCUCCGUCCUGCAGUUUGUCCCCGCCCAGGCACAGCAGUACAAGCUCAGGGGUGAAAGAGAAAAAGAAAAUUUUCUUAACAGAACUGACCAAGAAUUUCCCUUGCUGGAUUAUAAGAAUUCCAAGCUGGGCACUGUGCGUCAAAGCCAUACAAGUCACAGUCUUCCCUCCCACCGUAACGCCGUCCCUGUCCCCCAUGCUGCCAUCCUGAACCAUCCCUCUUCCUCUCCCCCUCAACCCGCACACCUCCCUAUCGCCCUCCAACAACUCAACGAGCCUCGUUCUUCCCGACACAGGGAUCACCGUCCUCACAUUCUUUAUGGUCUCCCCCUUUCUCCCUGCACCUCCCAUGCAGGGGGGUUCCCUAGCCCUGACCACACCUGCACCAUCGACUGCACCCACCCCUUCGGAUGCGGCUGCUGGAGGUUGGUAAGAUGCAGAGGGUCUAAGGGCCACUCCUCUACCUGCCAAGGUGGUGGAGGUAGCUCUUCCACCUCCUUUUCCUGUGGUCACAAUGUCGGCGCAGUAAAAAAAGGAGGCAAAGAUAUGGGGCUGAAAACUCUUGGAGGGUGUCUCUCCACCGCCUCCACCUCUAACACCUCAUCAACCAACAGCACUGUGUCUGACCACCAGUCGAACCUGUUCAAACCCCUCCGCUGUGCCUCCUGUGCCAGUGAGGCUGGAACCUUUGAGAGUCCUGCGAUUCUUCGUAAAAAACUGAUGGGGGGAUGUCUGCCCUGUACCCCGUUAUCCUCCUCUGCCCCUCUGAGGGCAUUUCAAAGCUGUGUCACAGGCUGCAAUCCCAAAGCCUCCCAGACAGGUAGCUCCACCUGUAGCUACUGUAGCAGCGACCCCAUAGUGGUAACAUUUAACCCUCGCAGGGGUAAACCACCUGGAAGAAGCGUCGGACCGCCUCAUUCGGCGACUAUGUUUCAAGCUGACGAUGAUGACUACAGUGUGCGUACCAUUUGGCCAGAGGAACUGGCCAGAAAGAUGACCCAUUCCACAGCUCAAAAGAAUCACUGUACCGGCAUAGGAGUAGGAGUCGGGAAGACCACUUCAAGUCAGAUCCAAAAUGGAAGCAACGGAACUGGGCUUGUUCUCCUGGACUGUCAAAAUCUUCAAGAGUACACACACUCUCAGCUAACAGACCACGCUGGACGGCGGCGCCUACAGCAGGGAAAGAUGGCUGCCCUGGAUUUUAUGGGCUGCAGGUCGGGAUCGGGAUACGACGAAGGCCGGAACUCGCUCAGGAGGCUUCUGAAUAAAGCCGACAAUAUAGGAACAGGCGGCGGUCUUGAGCACGACAGACACGCCCCAUACCCUCGUUCACCUUCUCCCCGCUCUCCUUCUCCGCCAUCACCUGUUUCCUUUUCGCCUCCACCGUCCGCCCCCAGCACACUCAUCAAACCCAAACCCUGGCUGAGAGACAGGGAGGGGGGGCAUUCGCUACCAUCAGCUCAGUCCCUUCACUUGGCUCUGAACUCACUCAACAGAGAGCAAGAUGAGGAGAAGAGCAGAAUGCACCUUUCCCUGCCACUGUCGUCUUCGCUGCCAGCCUCCCUGUCCGACGAGUCUGUGAUGACUCCCGAUGCAGAGAAUGCAGUGGUCAGCCCCAUCCUUCCAUUCUUGUUCCUUGGAAACGAACGGGACGCUCAGGACUUGGAUCUUCUGUUGCGCCUCAACAUCGGCUACGUGGUCAACGUGACGACGCACCUGCCCCUCUACCAUGUCAAAUCCGGACUGCGCUACAAAAGGCUGCCAGCCACAGACAACAGCAAACAAAACCUUCGACAAUACUUUGAGGAGGUUUUUGAGUUUAUUGAGGAGGCAUAUCAGAGUGGGCAGGGAGUGUUGGUGCAUUGCCAGGCAGGUGUGUCCCGGUCUGCAACCAUCGUCAUCGCCUACUUAAUGAAGCACACCCUCAUGACAAUGACAGACGCCUACAAAUACGUGCGUAGCCGUCGCCCUGUGGUGUCCCCAAAUUUAAACUUCAUGGGCCAGCUUUUGGAGUUUGAGAGAGACCUCAACUCAGGGGUGACUCCUCGCAUCCUGAUGCCUAAACUCGAUGGUGUGGAGACGCAGGUGUGAGGAACAUCUCUGGCCAGGAGGACACGGAAUUGGCUUUGGAGAGCAGGUUAUUACGAUAGGAAAAUGGCGGCAUGUUCUGGCAAUUAGUGCACUUUUAUACUGUGAAACAUGAGAGAAUCUGGUACAUGACCUCAUGUUAGUAGCUAAUUUAACUUGAUCAUCAUCCAGUACGCUGUUUAUAGAUAAUGUGCCAAUAUAGAUAACAUUAUAUUGAGAUAUCUUUUCUUUUUAUCCUGAUGCCUCUUCCUACUGCUCCUGUCAUUUACUACACAAGUCACUGUUAACAUGCCCCACUUGCAUGCAAAAUAGCAUUGCCACUUUGAUACAAUAUUUCUCAGCACAUUAUUGCAAUGCAGUGACCAAAUUUGGCCAUCAUUUAGUCAUGCUUGUGGGCUAUUUCAUGUUGGGGCGUUGUCCUGUAGAGCCUAAUGGACCUAAUGCAGAUAUAAGUAGCAUUAAACUGGGAGGUACAGUGCAGAAGAGGCCAAUAUCUCAUAAAACAAUAGUCAGUGAAACUUCGUAUUUAAAAGAAGUGAGUAUGAUCAGGCAGUGCAUUAACAUUUCACGGCAGCCAAACUGCAGACUUAACAAUCCAUAACUAAACAAAACUUGAAGGGUUGAUGUGUUUAUAAUGUAAAGAGACCAGAUGCGUGGCAUGGCUGACUUUCAACUGUGGUACAUCAGAUAGAGGUACAUCUUCUUCAGAGUACUUAUUUUUGGUUUCUCGGUUCAUUGGAAAUGCAUGUUUAUUUCACUAGCCACAACAUUAAGUCCCUGCACAUCUAACGAGAUCUGAUUUUGCAAAUUGUCCUAAAUGACAUUGUCAGAGAGAUAUUCAAUAGAUACAAUGUUCAUUCCUGUAGUUUGCUUUGGUGUAGAGCUGCACUGCGUUAUACUUAGAACUGUUUGGGUUAGCUUAUUUUGCUUCAUCGCAGUUCUAUUCCACGGCUAACUACAGCUACAAUAAAAAAAACAAACAUCUGACACGUUCUCUUAACCUGCUGACUAAAAACUUGUACAAUGUUAACUUCAUGAAAAAUAGCAGCAAAUGAAACCUUGCAUUCAUAAAACAUUAAUGGCAGUGAUAACAAUUGCGAUGAUUGGACACCACAUAAUUAACUAGCACAUCAUUGUUAAUCUAAAGUAAUUUGGCCACAUAACUAAGCCUAGCUUCUUGCUUUGCAACCCUGAAGGCGUUUGAGGCGCUUCCCACGCAAAUUAACACCUGUGAUGGCGGAGGACGCGAAAGGUAACCGUUGUUAUUGGAUUUCCAAAUUUCAUGUACUUGGUCAAUACUCCAUGUGCAGCAAAAAAUGUGCAAACAGCACAUCAAUAAUGACUUCCACUGCAAUUAAUUUUACAGGAUGCAAUUCGAGACUCACUCAAUAAACACACUUUCAUAAUGUCCAUAGAAUAGAAGCUUCUUGUAAAGAUCCCUGCAGGUUCGGAGAAUGUGUCAUGUUAUGACGUGAAUGCAGUGUCAACCAAAAGUGAGUUUCUUUAUCUUUGUGAGUGCUGAGCUUGUGCUAUAACUCUUGUCUGACAUCCCAGAUUGUGUGUGUGUGCCUAAUGUAGUGGAGAGUGAAUACUUUCAUGGGUUAUGGGCUGAUGCCACAGUAACUACAGUCAUAUUAUGUUUUUCUCUCUGUUUUUAAUACAUUGACCGAUGUCUUGUUUGGUGACUGUUUAGGCUUUUACGCGUUCUUUCCUGACUUGAGGAGAGGAGGGGAAAAAAAGAGCCAUUGAAAAAUGUUUACACUCUCUUAACGCUCUUCGAUGACACUCCGCAAACCAAAUCUACUUUGCUUUAAGGUCAUUUACCUUUUGUGACGGAGUAAGAAUCACAAGUUCUUUCCUCUAGAUGUGCUCCUCCUUCUGCCUUAUUCUCCUCACUGUGGCCCUCGUGACUAUGCAUCGCUGUAUUGUCAAGGCUUUGAUUCGAAAAGGUACCUUGAUUCACUGUGAGCGCUUCUUCUACUGUGAAGGUCGAGGCCUUAGGUCCUUUCAGCAUCCAUCACCGCCUUGUCGCAAACAAACCAACGCCACUGAAACACAUGAAAAGGACAUGAGGGGGGGCGGUUGCCUUUGAAGCAAACGGCACAGAAAGGUAAUUAAUGCAGUCAUGUCGGUGAUGUAAGGCUGUAAAGCAUUUCAUGUGUACAGUCGGCCCUCGUAAUAUCGCGGUUCGAUUAUCGCUCCCAUGCUGUAUCACGGUUCUGCAGAAAUGAAUGAAUUCAUAAAUGAUGGCUGUUUCGUGGUAGACUGUGGUCUAUUAUUACUCCAAACAUAUUGAAAUACAAGUGACAUGCAGUAUUCUGGUCACUGGGCGGCAGUAAUGACACAAAACAUUGAGACAUGACCUUACAUCACAUUACCUGAACACUGCAUGAAGUCAUGAUAGAGUGGAAAAAAAAUUCUCCUCUCAUCCAGUGUGGAAGUGGUAACUUUUUGGCUUCUUAAGUUUAGAAAAAAUAAAUUCAAGGCUAACUGGUUAGCUCGCUAGCUCAUUAGCUAGCGACUGUCUGGGGUCCCUGCAGCAUCAGAGUUGCAGUAUGGUGUAAACAAUGAAUAACAGGAGUGUAAAGGGGACUACAGGGGUGUUAUUUCACUAUGAAAAUUUAUUUCAAUUUAUUAACACUGAAUCCUACAUCGUGGUCCGAUCUGGAACCAAUGAACCGCUAUAAACGAGGGACGACUGUAUUCCACUUUCACUGACAGGAUGUUGCCGUAAAGCUUCCUGUAGAAAUGCCCAUGGGCUGGCGAGAAUUAUUUUGCACAUUUUCAAACAGACUGCCACUGUUUUUGAUAAUAUGUUAUCCAAAAUUGACGUUGUUGGCAGACGGGCUGUUUUCUCUUAAUCUGAGCACAUUUAAAUGUGACCUAAUACUAUUCAGAUAAUCUGACAAGGAAGGUGGUUGUGUCCGAAUGCUGUUCCCGUAUUAUUCUGUUUAGGUUAAAGAGGGUUGAUUGUUGUAGCGCGAUAACGCAACGUGAAAGAGCACAUUCUCACAAUUGUUUUGCUGGACAUUAGGGGUGCCCUGAUCCGAUUUCGGGCCGAUAUCAGCAAAAGAACAAAUCUCCGAUACAAGCAGUCGGAUAGAGCCCACGUAUCACAACAACAGCGUGUGCUUACAAAGUAGCAUGCAGCUGAGUGCAAAACUUGUGAUGCACAAGUUUCCCCGUGGAGCCGGAAAAGUUUAAUACCAACAGCCUGAUUGCAUAUUUGAUGCAGCACCGUGCGGGAACCUCCCACGGGACAGCAAAAAAUCAUUAGGUAGAACAGAAAAGAGCGAGCCCCUGUCGGUGGUGAGUAAUGUUGGCUUUAAAUGCUUAAUUGAGCACCUCCCGCCUCGCUGUAUUAUGCCUAGCUGCCACUGCAUUGUGGAUAAAACUGUACCGCACAAGAAGAAUGAACUAAAUGGGUCCGUUUUUCUACGGACUAAUGUUCUCUGUUUGAGCGGUAUCACUUGAUCACGCCGUUUUCUAACAUUCCACACUACAAAAUAAGUAAAAGUAUUAAUGAUUCCUGCUGAUAUCGGAUCCAGUAUCGGUAUCAUAUCGGAAGUUGCCACGGGACACCCCUACUGGACACUUGAUGAAAAGUAAAGCAUAACAAUGAAAUUUUAACAAUGUACUUCAUGAAAUUUUCCGUAGCCCUGGCAUGAAUCAUUCUGGUGCAUAAAUACCAUGUCCAUGUUCCAACAUGGUACAUGAGUUCACAUUUGGGACAAAAUCCAGGUGGUCCUUGGAUUACCAACGAGUUACGUUCCUGGACUGUCAUAUAAGUAGAGUUUUUGUGUAAGUCGCAACUUACACCUAAAUUAUACGAGAGCUGCAACAAUUAAUCGAUUAUGCAAUUAAUCGACAACUAUUUCGGUAUUCGAUUAAUCGAUUUUUUGAUUUAAAAAUGUAAAUAUCCUCUGAUUUCGGCCUCGCAAAUGUAAAUAUAUUUUGAUUUCUUGGUCAUCCAUGAAAGCAGACCCAUUAUCUUUGUGUUUUAGGCAAAACAAGAUAUUCACACACAUCAGCUUUAACUGAAAACGGUGAUUGACGUUUUUUUACUAAUUUCUGAUAUGUUGCUGUUUGUGUUUGGUUCAUAUUGAUUUGGUCCGCUUAGGGCAGGGGUGUCCAAAGUGCAGUCUGUGGCACACUCUAAAAAACGAGAAAACAAAAAAAAUUUACAAAACAGCAAAAAGGGAAACAUCUGCAGUCAUUUUGCAAGAAUAAAGUCAUAAUAUCACCAUAUUUACCAUUAUUAGAGCCCUGUAGACAUGACAUAACAUCCCUAUAGUCACCUUUACACUCGUAUAAUUCUUUGUUUACACCACAUUGCCAAUGCACAGGCUACAGGAUCACUGCAGGGACACAACAGAUGGCCACGGCUGCAUAGCAUGCUAGCGAGCUAACUAGUUAGCCUCCAAUGUAUUUAUUUGAAACUUAAGAAAGGGUUUCAAACAGAGUGGGGAAGAAAGACUAAAUAAGAAGCAAAAAACAUACAACUUCCACACAAAAUAGGAGGAGAAAUUCUUUUCACUCGAUCGUGUCGGACCUGCCAUGGCUGACUACGUGCAGUGUGACGGUAAUGUGACGUAAUGUCAUGUCUCAUCAAUGUUUUGUGUCAAUACUGACGCCUAGUGGCCAGAAUACUACAUACAGUAGAACUCGUACUUCUGUAUUUUUUGACUAAUAAUGGGCCAUAAUCAAUCACAAAGCAACCAUCAAUUAUUAAUUAGGGUUUUUUUUUUUUAAAACAUGAUAGAGUGAGGGAGCAAUAUUCGAACCGCAAUGUAGCGAGGGACAACUAUAUUAUGAAAAACAAACAAAACAACAAAUGAAGUUGUCAUUUUUAGAAAAUUAGGUUGCAGAAAAAGUUAUAAUGUUAAAAUGUGUGUUAUAAUGUUAGAAUAAAGUCAAACUAUCAUGGGAAUAAAGUCAUAACUGCAAGAACAAAAUUUACAAGGAAAAAUUGGAAAUAGUUGGAACAUUUAAAAAAACAACAGCAGAAAUAAAUUUAAAAAAAAGUGAGAAUAAAGUUGAGAGAAAAAAGUCAUAUUCUAACAAGAAAAGGGUUGCAAUUUUAUUAGAAUAAACUUGGAAUAUUAUGAGGAAAAAUUAUGUCAUUUAUUUAUUAUUAUGAGAAACAAGCAAAACAAAAUGGAAUUGGCAUUUUUGGAAAAUUAGUUUGGGGAAAAAGUUCUAAUAUUAUGGGAACAAAGUAAAAAUAUUAUGGAAAUAAAGUCAUAAUAAUACAAGAAGAAAAUUUAAAAAAUUAUUUAAGAAGAACAUAAUAAAAUUUUGAAAAAAAAAACAGCAAAAUUGGGAAAAAAACGAGCAAAGACCCACAUUUAAAAUACAGUAAUAAAACAAUUAAAUACAAUAAUUUUUUUUACCUUCUUAACAUAUUGUCCCAGGCUAGUCAGGGAGGAUAACCUCCUCUUCUCUUCCCAGAUCUCCUUGUAACAGCGCAUGGACUCCAUGACCCUUCUAGCAUUCAAUCCUUGAAUGAAGGCCACGACAGUCGAGCAGCUGGGACUGUCUGAGCUUUUCAUGAUGUUCAUUUUCACUUCUGUGGUGAUGGCUUUCCUUUCCUUUGGCGCACGGACGCUUGGGAGACAUCAUGAAGUGCAAAUGUCAUCCUUCCGCGUUUUCAGCGCCACUAGCUCUCGAGCGAGUCUCGUGUUUGUAAGGGGAAAAUGACGUUUUUGACCACGGACCACCUGUAGUGCUUAACUUUUCAUUGGAUGUUGCUCAAGUGCUUGUGAUGGUGCUCUUUCCGUAACUUCAGGAGCAAUAGUCUCAACGCAUUUUAAGAUUCAAAAUCCCCUGCAAAAAAAAAAUCCCCAAAACCAAAAUGCCUUCAGUUUCUUUCAUCCUCCAGUUUCCUCAUGAUGACUGUGACUUUGUGGGCUCGUGUGGCUUUGUGAGUUUUGUAUAGGUUAUGUAUAUUUUUCUACUCUUAUGUUUCCAGUUAUUUUUACAAUCCCGUUCUUCUGUUCUUACGUUGCUACUCGUUACUGUUCAUUGUAGCUGGAGAGACAUCAAGCAAACAAUUCAGUCCUCCCCAGUUUAGGUGGCGGUUAAAGAGGACCUGUUCUCGUCACUCCAUGAUUUUUAUAGCCUUUAUAUGCAAAUGGGGGUGGAAGGAAGUCGUUUCAUUUCACGCGUUGUGAACUUACUGUGAAGAUAUUGAACUACUCCCUCUGGGCCAGAGUCCACUGCAAGUGUGUGUCAUGUUUUGCAUUUCUAACGAGGAAAGAUUUGCAAGUUGUUAGCGUGUUUUUGAUACCUGUUUUCAGAACCGUGCAUCGAUUACUUGUGGAUACUUCCUGUUUGUAUUUAACUGCCUAUGUUGAAACAUUACUUCCUGAAUUUGAAGCUGCUGAUUAGUCCCAAUGAAAAAGAAUAUCAUGGAAGGGGAAAAAAACAAAAUCAGGUUGAGUUCAAAUGCUUUGGUGUCCCCCCCCCCGACCGCUACCAGUAGAAUUCACAUGAUCUCCCUGCGAUGCCCUCACCUUUCCACGUUUUUCACAAUGUAGCAAACAGUCCUGCUAUUUAGACGACGUUUUAAACUUCCCUCUUUCUAAGCCUCUCAUGUGCACUGUGACGAAUACAAUGCUGCUUUAUCACAAAGACUUCUUUGGAUGUCGCAUUCUUCUCAAAAGAGGUGCAGGUUUGGAAUCGACACCCUGCAGACUUUGUAGCCGUUCAGCGCACGCUUUGAUGCGUCACCGUGUGUUCAUCUCAGCGGGACCGCCGGAGCAUCUGUACCGUCUUCCUUUCAAAAACUGUGUUAUGGAAAGAAAAGACACCACACCAACAUGAAAAAUGAAAAAAAUCAAUCCAAAAUGUCCGAGGAGGCGAGGGCGGGAGUAGCAUCCCGGACUGUAACCCGCACUGAUUGGGUUUAGAAACCUGACAGCUGGCCUUAAAGAACAUGUUGGCAGGGACGCCAUGUGGACACAGAUAUACACUCUAUGGACACAAGUAUUGGAACAGCUGCUAGGAAUACACAAAAACAUAGCAAUGUUUCAUCCAUGUGAGGUCACUGGUGAUGGACCUCAGUCAUUCCAGGGGUUGGUGAAGUUCUUUCACACCAAUUAGACCGUCAUGGACCUUGCUUUGUCUGUUCACGGUGAACGACGGCCUCCGUCAAGGCUGUCCAUGGAAUUUCUAGGCGCAUUGUGGGCGGCCGGUUUGGGGGACUUAAUCUGUAUUUGCGUAUGAUGUGGUCGUCAAGCUGUGAACAUCUCCGUGUCUGGAAGACGUGGCCAGAGACUGGGAAGUCUGAGCUUCCCUUCCCAGACCGCUGCCCCUGCAACCAGGAUAAGCGGAAGAAAAUGGGUGGAUGGAUGGAACUUGCAGACGUAAAGCUUCCCCAAACUGCUGGCAUUGUCCAAAGAUGAAGAAUUCAUUUUAAUGGUGACCUACAACACCUAGUCAUCGGGUCCAUAAAGACAUUUUUCAUUGAGUCAAAGGUCCGUUUGUCAUAGUCGGUCAAGCCUCAAGUCAUAAUACUGCUAUAUUGAAAACGGAUACAACUUUUUUAUUCAAAACAACAACAAAAAUGCUCACUAAAAUGAAAUAAAAUGCCUUUUCCAUGGACCCUUUUCAAUUAAAAAAUGUAAAUCCAGACACAAAGGACUAAAAAAGAAAAUGGAAUGGAAUUCAAAACAAGAAGUUGUCAUCAACACUGUUGGUCUCGGCCAGGGAUCUGCAACCCGCGCCUCUUUCAUGCUUCUGCUGUGGCUCCAGCUGAUUUAUGCUUCUGUGGGGUCACUACGCCGUUUCUCUCGAUGCCGUCAUGAGCCUUUCAACGUUCUACGCCGGGAGUCGAGCGUGUGCUGUGCAAUUCUCCGCAGAAGUGUGAACGGCAGCCUUUUUCGCUGAGUAACCAUGAUGCUGAUCAACUAUUGAAGCUUGUUAGCGUCCUUUGUGGUACUGGAAAUGAGCCGAAAUUGGCGGCAGGUGGCAUCGGGUGCGGCUCCUCACACCGCCAAGACGAACAGGAAGACAGAAAAGGAACGUGACAAUGCGCUUAAAGAAAAUAUAUAUGUUGCACUACCUUCAUUUUAUUCAUCAAAUACUGUAGGUUGUGUGGCUCUGAGUGGGUUUUAACUUGGUGGAAAAAGGCCCAAAUGCCUCUUUUGAUGCUAAAGGUUGCUGACCCCUGGUCUAGGCCAACCCCUAAUUGCCUGAAGUGAACCUGUAGGUGUGUCUCAAUACUUUUGUCCACACAGUGUACCUUCAUAUCUAUAGGUGCUAGAGAAUCAGAGGCCUUUCAGUCUACUGUAGUGAUCAAGCGGAUGAAACCUAGGAUGCCAAUCAGGAACAUGUAGACCUGUACCGAUCACUUGCUUAUGUUAGAAAACAAUCGGAAACGAUUACUGACUAAUCAACACGUAGCACCGUGUAAUAUGCAAAGAUUGACGUCAUACCGCCGUGAUUCUGAUUAAUGUAGCUUGCAUAUUUCACACAUUUGCAUCAAAGAGUUGCUUGGGAACAGCAGUUCUUUUUAGCUUUACUUUUGUGUUAUUGUUCCUGAUCGUACGCUCAAGCGAAGGGGCAACAACGUGCGUGCAAAUGAAACGCUGGGAGGUGUAGAGCGCGUCGGCACGACAUCAAACGACAGCGGCAGCUCGGACUGCGCUGUACGUGACGGACAAACUUCAAAGGGAAUCUGCACUUUUUGGGGGGAGUUUUGCACAUCAUCCACAAUCCUUAUGUUUCUGUGCGUUAUAAAGGUAUAAAAACAGCUAAAAAGAGGCAGGUUAAUUAACGCACGUAAUGGGACACACCUAUUCCGCCUUCUUAGCACGUUAUUCAAGCUUUUAUGGUUUUAUGUGCAUGCUGUGACUCUUUAGUAACAUGAUAACAUGUAAUACGGUAUUUUGCCCUAUUUUGGUCCUUUUAAGCACUUCCUUCCUGAGUGCAUUGAUUUCACAUACAGUAGCAACAUAAAAGGCAACUUUUCCACUCAAAAACAAAAAGCUAGUCGCCAGCCGGUGUGGCGUGUCGAGGUGUCACUACGCCAGCGACGUAGUUCUUGGGCGUUGCAGGUGACAUUAUGUAGAUGGAGCGUCGUUGACGCUUUUUUCAGAAGGCUUUCUGGGCGGAACAUGUGCGGCCCGGUACGUGCAUUCUUAGCUGCCUCUUCGGAGCUGUUUUUAUAGCUUUACGGCGCACGGAAAAGAGAAAUACCGUGUUCACGUCUCACAUAAAGAUUGUGGAUGAUAGGCAAAAUUCCUAAAAAAAAAGCGCACUUUUCCUUUCAGUGUCUUUUUCCGUGUCUUCAGCAGCCAUGAUUUUAGUGGCACCAAUGAUUUCCCUCCCAGCCUCCUUUCUUUUGUCUGAAUUCAAUCGUGUAACCAAAAUAGGAUCCUAAAAGUGUGCAGUGCAGAAACCUGAUGGAUGGAUUGUCAAGUUGUUCUCAUGUUCGUUUCUGGUGAGCACACUGGAGCUGGCUUUUUUUAAUAAUUAAAAAAAAAAUGGAAAAACUGAUGGUUUUGUGUUAUUUGUACGUUUACUCAAGUCUGAAGAUGUUUAAUUCAAUUUGUGACAAUGCGAAGCACCCGAAAUAACCGUGCUGCUGCGAGUCUAGUAUUGAACCGUUCCAUCGAUACAAACAGCCAAUUGUAAUUGAUCAUGCUGAUCAUCGUCCCACCCACAUUUGCUUUCUUCAGCAUUGCGUAACGCUUGCUUUGGGACUCGCAACUGUGUGAUCAAACCCCCGCAGGCGCAUCAGUGUUGCAUGUGCUCAGUAUCUGGCUGGAAUGAACCCGACAGCAACUCACUAAAGUGAAUUAUUACAAAAGGAGAGGACUAAAGGAACGAAACCUGGAUAGACGUUAGCGUCACCAGUCUACAGCUUGCAUAGCAGUGUACAAUAAUCCCUCGUUUAUCGCGGACAACUGGUUCCAGGGAGGACUCCUUAUUCAUAAAUGGAAUAUUUUCGUAAACCUGUUUACAGCCUUCUAAAUACGGUUUUUAACAUGAUUAGAGACAUGAAAUAACACCCCUAUAGUCACCUUUACACUCCUAUUACCCAAUAUAGGUGACAAAAUAAGACAGAAAUAAGACUCGUGCUCGUGUGUGUUUCUGUAUAUGUGUUCCGGUGAUAGCGGAGCGGACAGGAAGUGAUGUCGGGGGUUCAGGAUUGGCGUAGGUUACGGCCGCAACAGGAGCCCACGUUAGGGAUUAUUGUGCCUGUUGUGAGAUCAUUCCAACUUGCAAUAAAAGCCUGUUGUUCUGGCCAUUAAGUCUCUUUCCUGAUACGUUGUGGACCAAACCACUAACUGUUUGUGUUCAUAUUGAUUUGGUCCGUCUAGGGCACAGGUGUCAAACUCGUGGCCCGGGGGGGCAGAUCUGGCCAGCCACAUCAUUUUAUGUGGCCCGCAAAAGCCUGGUAAUAGUGUGCAUGAAUAAAUCACUUCAUCUGUCUUGCUAAAUGCAGACGUUUGACAGAAAAGCUGUACUGCAUGCAAUUGCAUAUUUUAUCAACUUUGAUAUUCAUGCAACAAGAUAGUUAUCAAAAUGAAAUACUUGAGUAUCAGGUUGUCAGCUUGACUUAUGAUUUCAAAGCAAGUUAUCCAUCAAUUUGUUACCAGAGAACUCUAAUAAUCAAAUCCAUGGGCAACUGUGUAAUAUCAUCAGGCGAGUCUUCAUUCAUAUUCAUAUAAAGUAGAUUUAUUCACUGUUACAAGCCGCCCUCUUUGGGCAGCCAAAAUUGUCAUGUGGUCCUCAGUGAAAAUGAGUUUGACACCUCUGGUCUAGGGCCUAACCAAUUACUCAAUUAAUCGAAACAACAAGCAUCAGGUUAAUCGACUGAGAAAAUAAUUGUUAGUUUCAGCCCGACACCUCUCCCCCAAAGAUUAGGUCAUUCCUCGAGGAAGAGUGGCCACGAAUGAGCUGUUUUGCCACCAGGAGGCUGAACGACUUAUGGUAGCACUAAGUGUCUGCGUAUAUUAAUAGUAAAAAAUGAAAUGCUACUAUGCUAAUGUUAGCAUGCUAGCGCUAACAUGCUACCACCUAAAAUCCUACCACUAAGCAUUUAUAUAAGUUUCUACUUAUGAAAAUGGCUAAAAUGUUACUAUGCUAAUGUUUGCAUGUUAGCAAUGCUAACAUUAGCAUGCAAAACCCAGCAUGACUGCGCUAAGUGUCUGCCAAUGUAAAUACACAUGAAAAUGGCUAAAAAUGCUACUAUGCAAAUGUUAGCAUUCUAGCAAUGCUAACAUGCUAACAAUAGCAUGCUACACUUAGCAUGAUAGCACGAACUGUUACUAUAAUUUCGAUUUAUAAAAACAACAAAAUAGGUUACUAUGCUAAUGCUAGCAUGCUAACAUUAGCAUUCAACAACUAGCAUGGUAGCACACGUUAAUACUAAAAAAAUGGCAAUAAAUGCUACUAAGCGAACGUUAGCAUGCUAGACAUGGUAAUUGCUACCACGCUAAGACACAGCAUGAUAACCCAAUCUACCAGGAAUGUUAAAUGUCCUGACCGAGUUGUGCAGUUUGACUUUGAAAAUUCCACCAAAGGGUGGACAAAAGGUGAAACGUCUUCAAAGAGUCCGGUUGCCUCGAUUCAACCUUUGCGGGUUUCCGUCCAACUAUACAGUAUAUGCACCGUGUAGCACCAAAUCACAAGAAAGGUUAUCCCGAUGCACUUUUCAUACGGUACAGUUAAGGCCAAGAUCCUUUUACUUACUACCCAGUUCAGAGAACGCAGCAGAUGACUUACACGGGUAAGUCGCUUCAGGAGAUUGUUCACAUUACAUUCAGUCUGUGAAAUAAACACAUCAUGCAGUCUCCUCUUCCAUGUUGCCACUCCAACUGCUAACCAGCAACCCAUCUGGCAUGCCAGUGUCUAGCAGCCAUCAGGGAAUCAAUGGCCCAAAUGGGCUGAAAUGAAAAUCUUUGAGCAAUAUAACCUUUAUUGACGUCAACCUCCAGGCUAAGAAGGCUGAGCGAUAGAUCCCCGCUGCAUGGAUUCACAACGUCAACAAUACAUUGACCUUUAACGCAAGGUUUAUCCUAAACUGUCGUUUGAGGGGACGAUGACUAACGGUCAGAGGUAACAAUACGCGCGUUUACAUCACAUCACAAAUCAAAAUAUUGCCCUUGAAGAUCAGGAAAUUCUUUUCGGAAAGGUGAAAAUAUGAGUGAGUCACACAAUCUCUCAUCUCCAGAGUCUCCGGGCUUGAAGGCCUCCACAUCAUCGCUGUCAUUACGCUAAUUAAGUUGGACAUAAUUAAGCGUUACUAAUUACUUUGGAGUAAAUGAACGAAUGGCAUCAGGGACUUCACAUAUUUAUGAGACAAUGAAAUGCAAUCCGUGUUCAUUUCCUCACCAUUUAGCAUUUAGUAAGACAAUUAAAAUGCUUAUGAAUGGUGUUAAUCCAUUUUACUUGAUAUGAGACAUAUUUUUUGUUUGAAUAAAUAUAAUAAAUGAUUAUAAAACAACAAAUAAAUAUG